GUAGAUCUAGAAUCUACGUAUUACAGAUUCGAGCGUUGUUAUUGGAUAUAACUCUUCGAUUUAGUAGUGUUAGCUAGCACAGUCUAGUCUACAUUUUAUGUCGUCACACUUGUGUAAUUUCUGGAAAUGCUAAACCAUUAUUUAUUUCAGAGAUCAAUACUUGGCAGUUCUUCAAGUUCAGCCACUCAGUUGACACCUGCCCUAGAUACUUCAUUUGUUCUAAGAAAGUUAAAGAAUUACAGUACAGAUGAAUAUUCUACAAUUGAUAGUGAUGGGAUGUCUGUUCCACCUCUGGCAUGUGCUUUUGCUAAAAUGUACCAGUGGCAGCAUGUUGUUGGUAUUGUAGAUGAAGAUGGUUACCUAGUGCUGUACAACACUAACAAAACUGGACAGGCUGCAGUACUAAAAACUUGGCAAGUCCAUGCAAACGCUGUCUUUGACAUUGAAUGGCUCAGAGAGGAGAACAAAAUACUGACAGCUUCAGGUGAUCAGAGAAUAUUACUACAUGAUGUGGAAACUUGUGCAAAACUGGAUAUCUUUAAAGGACAUAGUAGCAGUGUGAAGUCCAUUUCUUGUCGCUCUGGAGAUGAUGCAGUGUUUGUCACAGGUUCUAGAGAUGGUCAUAUCAUGUUGUGGGACAAAAGAAUAUCUUCUAAGGAUGGAGCUAUUCCACCGACGUGUACAAUCAGUAAUGCCCAUAUGCUACAACAAACUUCUGUCACACCAAAAGCAAGAAAAAAGACCAUUUCUAAGAGUGCCCAGCAAAGUGUGACAUCUGUUUUAUUUCAAGAUGACAAUUUUGUGAUUUCUGCUGGAGCUGUAGAUGGAUGUUUAAAGGUUUGGGACAUCAGGAAGAACUACAGAACCAAGCCACCUAAGCCAGUGCACACGUUUCAUUAUCCAGGCAAUAAUUCUAGGAAACAUGGUUACUCCAGCCUUGUCCUUACUUCCAAUGGCUUGCGCUUGUUUGCUAAUUGUACAGAUGAUGCUAUCUAUGAAUACGACAUGGCAGCAUACAAUACCUCUCCAGUACGCACUUGGAGAGGACAUAAAAAUUCAACCUUCUAUGUGAAGUCAGCUCUUAGUCCUGAUGACCAGUUUCUGUUGAGUGGCUCCAGUGAUGAGCUGGCUUAUAUUUGGCAGAUCAACAAACCUUUCAUGGCACCCAUUGUCCUCAAGUCUCAUACAGCUGAGGUGACCAGUGUAGCUUGGUGUCCAAAUGAUUUGACCAAGCUUGUUACACUAUCUGAUGAUAGUAAAGCUAAAUUCUGGCGUGUGUAUUGUCGGGAACUAAAGAAAAAAUUCCACCCAGAAUGGUUUGGAAGAGCAGAACAAAUUUCCAAAGAAAGAGCUACUUCUACAGUGUUUGAUGCUCCACUUCUGCAAUCAAAGCCGUCAUCUCAGCCAGCAUCUCCAUCGAUUCCAAAGUCAGAUCUUCAAAAAUCAAAAUCAAACAUCACCAGUUCUCCAACCUGCAUUACCAAUUGGUUGAAGCGAAAGGCUUCGUCUGAUAGUCAAGAGUCCUUGAAUUCAGGGCAGCUACUAAAGAAAAGACUCCAUCCUGAUUGGUUUGGAAGAGCUGAAGAAAUUUCUAAGGAAAGAGCUGCUUGUACAGAGUCUCCACUUCAACAAUCAAAAUUAUCUCAGCCAGUAUCUCCAUCGAUUCAAAAAUCAAAAUCCAACCCCACCAGUUCUCCAUCCAGCAUUACCAAUUGGUUGAAACGCAAGGCUUCAUCUGAUAGUCAAGAGUCCUUAUCAGUUCAUGAAAUAAAGAAACAAUUCCUCCCUGAUGGAUGUGGAAGAGCAGAGAAAAAUUUCAAAGGAAGAGCUACCAGUACAAUCUUGGAUGCUCCUCUUCUACAGUCAUUGCAACCAGUAUCUCCGUCUACUUCUAAAUCAGAUCUUGACAAAUCAAGAUACAACUGCAGUUCCCCUACUUGCAUUACUGCUUGGUUGAAAAGCAAAACUUCAUCUGAUGGUCAAGAGUCAUUGAAUCUAGGUCAUGAACUCAAGAAAAAACUCCACCCUGAUGGUUGUGGAAGAGCAGAAGAUAUUUCCAAAGAAAAAGCUACUUGUACACCCUUGGAUGCUCCACUUCAACAAUCAAAAGUAUCUCAGCCAGGAUCUCCAUCAAUACCAAAAUCAAAUCUUCCAAAAUCAAAAUCCAACCUUUCGAGUUCCUCAACCUGUAUUAUCAAUUGGUUGAAACGAAAGGCUUCAUCUGAUAGUCAAGAGUCCUCCAAUUCUGGUCUGCCACCAUGCAAGAUAGCCCACAGAACAGAUUCUGUGGAUUCAAAUUUACCCCCCUUGGUGUCUUCUCCUUGUUUUGAAAAACCCUCCAUAGUUUUACAAAUGUAAAUGGUAAGAUAAAAAAAGACUUUUAAAAUGGCAAGCUGAUAAAAAGAGAGAAUGUAGAGCCCCUUGCUUUCAUUGAUAAUAUUAAUUUUAAAAAAUAAGGAUGUCAUUAAGAUCAUAAGACUUCUGGAUAAUUCUAAAAAGUAAACAAAAUAUUUAAUUCGCUAUUGUAGAUUUAAUCUCUCCAAAGAAAAAACAAACUAGUAGGUUGUUUAGAUGUUAGACAUGAUCUUCUUUGACAAGUUAAUAUUUUAUUUCUAUUUAAUUUAAAUAAUGAAACAAUGAUUUUUUUUCUUUCUGAAAUGAUCCCUAAACCUUAUAAAAUUACUGUGAUAGUCUAGAAAUAUUUUUCCCUUUAAAUUCUUUUCUUUUUUUUUUUUCUAGUAGAGCUUUAAGAAAACUCAAAAUUAUUUCUGGUCUUUAAAGCUGCAACUGUGUUCUUAUAUUUGAUUCUGACUCGGGGGAGAGUUAAAUUUUUUUUUCUAGUCAGCUGAUCCAGAACCUGAUUAGUGGGUGAAUAAAAUGUAUUUCAUUGUUUGUUUCUAGAUAGCUGUUUUGUUGAAGAAGUGUGAAAUUGGGAAGUGAAAUGAACAAUAACAUGAUCAUGAAAUGAUGAAUUUUGUUUUAAACACUGGUCAUAGUAAUCCACCUAGUCAGUAUUAUCAGCAGAAUGGCUGAAAUGAGACUCUCACACUGGAAACUGUUAAAAGUAUAGUGGUGAUUUAAAAAAAAAAAGGUCUUCUGGAUUAUGUAGUAUUUCAUGUAGUCAUUUUUCUUUGAACUUGUCAGCUGACUCAGGAGGAGGGGAGACGAGGAUGAAAGGCAUUUCUUAAAAGGUUUAUAAGUUUGAUGGUGAUUUGAUGCAUAUUGCUUGCGUCCAGAUACCAUUUUAAAAUAAUUCAUCCAUUGCAAUCCCUAACAACGUCCAAACCAAGGCUUUUGAAAUAAAACUUUAUCACCCUUGGUAAUACUAGCUAGUAGAGUCAACACAAGAUUUUCUUUCUUUGCUGAGUCAGUGAAAGUAUCUUAUUAAUCAUCAUAAUGUUUUUUGUUGUUUUUUUUUACUUUUUUUUACAAAUAUGAAAAAUAUAUGUCCAACACUAGUAUUAAAAUUCAGAAGCACAUCCUUCAGUUGUUCAACCAAUAUAUAAGCAAAACAUUUGAUGAACAAAAAAACAAACAACCACCAUGUAAUGCUUGAAAAACAAAGAGAAUAAACUUGAAAAUGUAAUGCUCCUUCAUAUUAACAAAGAGCUACAGAAGAGGAAACAGCUGAUUUAGUGACCAUACAAUAGGACUAGUCAAGAAAAUCUUUUUUACAGUUCUAAAAAUCUCAAUUAUAAAUAUGUUCCAUUAUUUCAAAUUUUAAUUGCCACAUGAGAUUGAUAGUUGAAGAUUUUAGAGCUAUUUGUAGAAGAGAUAUAUGUAUAUAAGUACUGCCAAAAGAGUAAUAAUAAUAAUCUUUAUUAUCCGUAAGGAAAUUUGUCUUACAAUUUGUGCAUUACAAAAAACAUUAUAACUAUAAGAAACCAAAGUGUAGAUUCACACCAGACUCACUCAUAAUUUACAUGUGACAAAGUUUAUACCAGAUUGUUCUUAUUUAAUGAUUUGAUUGCCAGGGGAACAAAAGUGUUUGUGUCUGUUUGUCUUUGCUAUUGGAGAAUUCAGUUUGAAAAUUGUUGUAUGAUAUAAAUGAAAACACUAUUUUGUCUUUCAUUAUUUUCUGAUGUUUGUGUUUGCAAAACUUUGUAACAAAGUCUUAAUUUAUUGGUAGAAGAUGAAAUAUCUUUAAAUGUAUAUAUGCUUAGUCAGUCUUAUGUAGUUUACAAAAUUAUUUUGUGACAUGUAUAUUUUGUUAUUAAAUUUUGAUGUUCUUGAAAGAAAAAUAAACGUAGAAAAUACUC